GCCAGACUGAAGCUCUGCCCUGAGCUGGGACACAUAACACUGUGCGCUUGCAGUCAGAUAGGAACAGAACAGGCGAAUCCGAAACAGACAGACGGGUCUAGCAACAAACAGCGAUCAGAGGCUAACGGCAUCAGUGAGCCGAGCUCCACAUACACACAUACCAGGAGCUGAGAGAACUACCCUCAAAAUCUACCUGCAGCGGCUCCGAACAACGCAAGCUUCAACAAGUCUAGGAAGUUUUCCAAAAACACUAUUCCUUCCUUUUCUGAGGACAAUCAAUCCCCACUUAACUGUUUCUCGGCUCUUUUUUUUCUUAAAAGAGGAUGGGCAAAUUUCACACGCUGGUGUUUGUGUGUGUCGGAUGGAGCUGUUUGACUGCGGGCUUCUCGGAUCUGCUGAAGGAUCAUUUCCGCGGGCUUAGGAGAAUUCGUGGUUUGGGAGAGAAUUCAAGAGAUUUCGCUUCCUACCGGAAGGGAAGCCCCAGCUUCACAGAACCAGACCUGUGGCAGGACACGCUGUCGGAGCACAUGCUGAUGCUUUAUGACAAAUACAACAAAGCUGGCUACCGGUUUAAGGAUGGCAACACAGUCCGCAGUUACAAAGCUAGUUUGGGGUGGAUUGGAGACAAGCAACUGCACACUUUUAAUCUGACUUCUCUGACAAAAUCUGAAGACAUUUUGUCUGCUACCUUGCAUUAUUAUAUAGCUGAUCUUGUAAACAAUAGCAAUAAUUGCCCGUACUCCAAGGGCUGCAGUCAUCGAUUACACAGAAAACGAAUCAACUUUGAUCUUUCAGUUUGGGCUUUUACCACUGCUAACAAUAUCCCCAGAAUUCUGAGUCAUAAUGUGCUAAAUGCGUCCACUUUUUAUCGAGACUCUCUGUCUUGGCAGUGGAAAGACAUCACACGAGUGAUUAACAGUCUGAAGUCAAAUGAUGACCUUUUGAUUGGAAUUGAGAUCAUGCCUUCUGUUCCAACCUUCUGGAAACAGUUACUUUCAAAGCAUUCGCCUUAUAUCUUGGUGUAUGCAAAUGACUCUGCAAUUUCAGAACUGGAUACUGCGGUGAGCACUCUUCAAAGACGCCAGGGAUCAUUUGUCACCAAAGUGCAGGGUUUUAGAACCAAUACUGCAAACAGGACAUCUGAAGUAAGAAGGAAACGGUCAACUAACUUACUCAUGCCCCUGCACAACAACGAAUUACCUGGUGCAGAAUACCAGUACAAUGAAGCUACUGCAUGGGAGACAAGAAGGCCAUAUAAAAAGCUACAUCCUCGGCCAGCAGACAGGGAGAGGAAGUCAAAGCAGAGGAAGGGUAACAGACAGAAAUCACAGACUCUUCAGUAUGAUGAACAAACAUUAAGAAAGGCAAGACGGAGACAGUGGAAUGAACCCAGAAACUGUGCUCGCCGUUACCUGAAAGUGGAUUUUGCAGACAUUGGAUGGAGUGAGUGGAUAAUCUCUCCCAAGUCUUUUGAUGCCUAUUAUUGUGCAGGUGCCUGCCAGUUCCCAAUGCUCAAGUCAUUAAGGCCUUCAAACCAUGCUACGAUUCAAAGUAUAGUGAGAGCAGUGGGCGUAGUUCCAGGGAUUCCCGAACCAUGCUGCGUACCUGAGAAAAUGUCAUCAUUAAGCAUCCUCUUUGUCGAUGAAAACAAGAAUAUUGUGCUGAAGGUCUACCCAAACAUGAAAGUGGAGUCAUGUGCUUGCAGAUAACCCCACAGGGCAUGCUCAUUGGUUCUGGGUUUGCACUGCUGAUAUUUUGUUUUCUGUUCUUUUUCAUUCUGAACAUCAAAAGGAAGUCUUCCAACAAAUGAAAACUGAAUGGUGCCUUCAGAUGAAAGGAAAUAAAAGAUAAUUUAUCGUUUUAUUUACAAACCCAUUCACCUGCAUUAAAAGUGCAACUUUCUGAACCAACAACAAAUUAAGGCAGAAGACCAUUUGUGUCUGGAAUUCAGAAUUCUGAGAUAAAACUGUGUUUAUUGUAAAUUUCUUUUUAAGUACUUAAAGACUCCUUCAUACAACUUACCAUUGCACUUCUAAAGAUAUUGUGUUUCCUGGCAGUUUAUGAUGUAUGUCCCCCUUCCUUCAAUUCCAACUCUUCCACCCAGCUAAUUACAGAGUGUCAUGGGCAAUUUAUUUUAUUCUUUGAAUUUUAUUGCAGUACUCUUUUAAAUAAUUUAGUAAUUCAAAAUGUAAAUCAGCUAUAUAAAUCAAUGCAAAUGUUUUAGUUGAGAAAUAAAAAAAAUUGUUAAAUACUACAACAGUAAGCCACAUAUUCAGAGCACAAUUUUUAAUUUAAUAUUAGUGAGUGCAUUUUAAUGCAAAAUAUUUGUGAAGCUGUUGCAUGAUUUCAAAAAGUUCACUUCAAGCAGACAGAGUUACAGAAUGUUUGCUAAAUUGCUAAGUACAAAUCCGAUAUAGCUAAAACAAAUCAGGGAGCUCCAGUAAUUAUCAGAAUUGCAAUGAUUCAGAAAUAUCCAUUCCAGGCCCAAAUGGCCAAAUGAAACAACUCUGUCAAAACUGCUGGAAGCAGAGUUUUAUUAGCUCUAGGAAUCAAAUUAGGGUAGCCAAAAUUGUCGUCAAUUAGUAACAGACAAAUAGAGAUGCUACACUUCUCCUGCCUUCUGAAUUGCCUUACUCAAUGCCAAAUCAAUUAACAAUCAGAGAUAUGUAAGAAUAUCACAUCUGCAAUAAUUCUCCUCUCACUAAAUGCUGCCAAUAGGCUGUCCUAUUCAUUACAGGAUACUUUCGAGCAAAGUAUUAAAUUUAAUCGGGUCCAAAAUUAGCCAAUUAGUUGUUCCUCAAAUCAAAUCUGCAUAUUUAGUUCAAUUCGUUCUAUUUUUCAACAUAACCUAGAGUUUUAAUUUUGUUUUAACUAUUAGUUGAUACAAUCUUCUACAAUUUACACCUUAUUCAGACUAAACAGAUUGGAGUAGGCUCCAAUUAGAGAUUAGAAAGGCAAACUCUGUCCUUCAUUAAUUAUGCUUAAUAUAUGCUGCUUUGUUUGAAUAAUAUACUUUUCAAUGGAAAGGAAGUCAUUUGUGAAAUGUCAUACCUAUAUAUAUGUUCUUAAAGAAUAGAAAACAUCUAUUUAAUCAUUAAAAUGAGAUUGAAAAUGCUUAAAAAAUUAUAUGUGGGUUAAAUUUAGCCUCUGGUAUAGUUUAUAAAUAUUUGUCAUCACAUAUGAUGCAAGUCAACACUAUCUAGAUCACCAGAACGUCCAUUUUCCAUAUGUAAAAAAUACAUUAAUAUUCCUAAAAUGGGCAGCGUCUACAUUUUUGCUGCAAACAUUACCAUCAAUGAUAAUAUAUAGCUUAUAUCACCUUGUAUUUUAUUUUCGCUGAACUUGAGUUCCACCUUUACGUUAAACCAAAGUCUUAUGCCAUUUGUCUCUUCCAUGUAAAGAUAAAAUGUAUUGAUAAUCAACCUAAGUGUGCGAAUGAUUAGGAUUCAAAUUAAAAUUAUUGUAUUCCACUUGUCACUCCAAAUAUUUGAUGGAGAAAGAAGAAGUUAUCCAGACUUUAUUUGGAACUAAACUUCCUUCAGGCUGAAACAGUUCAAAUACCAUGCAUGACAUUGGUCUCCACAGACUUGGGAGGUCUGGCUAAAUCCUCUUGUAUGGAUCUGAAAUCAAGUGGAAUUAAAGUUAUGAACAUUGAUGGUUGAGGAUAGUGCCUAACAAUAUUGAUAUUUUAAUGAGUGUUCAUAUAGUUGAGUAAAAGUAUUCUCUUUCUUUUUAUUUUUCAACAUUAUUUUUAUGCUAACCAUACGUACUGCCUGUUGGUAGUUUAUCCUUAUGUCGUGCCCAAAGACAAGUUCUAGAUCCAGUGGCAACCGCUUUCACCACUUUAUAACAGUAAAGAAAAUCUUUAUUUCUUUGUAUGUAUAUGCAAUAAUCAAACAUUUUGUUAGAGGAAAUUAUUUUAUAUUCAUUUCAGAAGAAGUAAUCAUCCAUGUAAUUUUUCAGUCAUUUUUAAAAAUUCAAAUAUAUUUUCGCUAUUUAAGUAGGUACGUUGAUUAAUUUUAAAGCUUGUUUUGUAUAUAAUUCUAUCAUAGAUUUGUUACAAAAGUGGAUGUUUAUUAAACUGCCAAAAUCAAUUGCCAAUUGAAACACAGGCUAAUUGAAUGAAUAUUUCCCAUUUUCUCUCCAUCAGAGUUGAAUAGUUUAUACUCCAUUAAACUAGUGUAAGUAAAAUUGCAUGCUUUUCUGUGAUAAAUUUUAAAAAUAUAUAUGUUAUAAUACACCAACAUCUGUGAAGCAACUUGCCUGUGUUUCAUUCUGUUUUCAAAAGCAAAUUUGCCGCUCAAUUCAAAUAUUAUAAUUUGAUUAAUUAUAAUUUGAUUAUCAAAACAUUAUACAAUUAAUAAUAUUUCCAACAUAAACUUUGUCCAUAAGAAUGAUAUUUAAGGAUGGAUGAAAUUAAAUGGCUUUGUAUUGUUUUAAGUGCAUUUGUAUGUCUAUGAACAUAUAUGACAAUAUAUUUUCAAAUUGUGUGUGUUUUGGUUAGUGUGUUACUUUGAUUUGACUGCAGCAGAUUUUUCAAAAAUCAAAAUUUCACUCAUUUGUAAAGAGCUAUCUGUAAACAUUUAGUUGAGAUAAAAUAUUGUACAAUAUGUUUUAAAAUAGUACAUAUUUGUAUAUGGUAAGAAACCCUGUUGAAAUGCUUUUCUAAUUUAUUUUAUGUUUGGCUGCAGUUUUCUCCCCUUUUCUUUGCGCAGUUUCACCAUUUGGUUGCAGGAAUGUUUAUUAAAAACAGUAAUAGUAUGAGCUUUAGUUUCCUGAACACUACAAAGCAUCUGAAAUGAAACUGUGAAGGGCACUUGUCACUACUGAUGUCUUAGCUUUCUUGUUCAAUAGUGUUUUACUGCAUUAAUGGAAACCUUCCUCACAAUCUUUGGAAAUGAAUAAAUUUAGUUAUGUAACUAACAAAAUCAC